AUGGAUGACAUCAAGCUGUACGCCAAGAGCGAGAGAGACAUCGACUCUCUGAUCCAAACAACCAGGAUCUACAGCCAUGAGAUCGGGAUGUCAUUCGGACUCGAGAAAUGUAGCAGGAUGGUGACUCGGAGAGGCAAGGUAGUCCACACAGAAGGGAUCUCACUCUCAGAGGGAACAAUAGCAGACGUUGAGGACAGUUACAAGUAUCUUGGUAUACCACAGGCAAAUGGCAACCUCGAACAGGUGACGAGGAAAGCGGCAACUGCCAAAUACCUCCAGCGAGUAAGGCAGGUCCUAAGAAGCCGGCUCAAUGGCAAGAACAAGGCCCGGGCACAGCUACGCCCUGCCAGUGAUCAGAUACCCUGCAGGAAUAAUCAGGUGGCCAAAGGAAGAGAUUCAGACCACGGAUGUUAA